UCUUACCGGGAGCAAAGGGUUUUUCUUCUCCUUUGAUCUCCCUGAGAAAUUGAUUUCGUUGACGAUGUUGGGUGAGAGAUUCUAACUUCGCUUCGAUCCGAAUUUCGCUUGAAUUGUCGGAAACCGAUCGCAUUCUUCUCCUUUGAUCUCCUUGUAUCUAGGGUUUUACACUUUCUCGGUUUGAUUCAUCGGCGACGUUGCUGAAUUUCUAGGGUUUCUUGGGCUUUGAUUCCACAAUUCAUAUCUUGUGCCUGAAGGAGAAGUGGGUUUCUGGUUUCAGGUUGAGUAGCAUUUAGGGUGAAGGCAGCAUGCUAGGCUCUGGCAAUAACUUGACCCGAGGUGUAGAUGUGCCACCGUUGCCUCAGUGUUUGCCGCUAGAACCAAUUAGAUUAGGUAAUCAGAAAUAUACACGCUCGGGAGAGCUCAGAAGGGUUCUCGGAGUUUCUAGUAUAACUUCAUCGGAAGACAGCACUUUUGGAUUUUCCUGUCCGAAAUCUUCUCCUCCUGUAGUGACAGGGGAGCUCAAGCACUUCAAAGAAAGAAUGCAGGAUACUUCCAGAGAAGCCGGGGACAGAGCAAAGAAACUAGGUGAAUCCAUAUUCAAACUGGACAAGUAUGCAGAAGUGUUAACUUCAAAGAAACGGCGGCGCAGUGAUAUAUCACCUGGUGAGAGGAUGGAUGCAGUGAACAUGGACAAGGUGAGAAGCCAGAUACCAGAUGAAAGAAAAAAGAUGUUUGGGUUGGACAAGCGGGCUCGUACGUCAGUGGUAGAUGUGCGGGGCGAUGGUAGGGUUUCUGCUCUUCUAAGACAGCAGGUAACAGAGAAGGAUUCUGAUUCUCUUCCAGGCAUCCCUGGAGAGACCAUGCGAAUUGAAGAGAAGAUACGAAGAUUGGAGGCAAAAACGAAAAGGAAACGAUCUGUUGCUGCUCUAGGUAACCGAGUUAUAAAUAGUGAUCGACGUGGCAUGCAGCCAAAGCUGAUAGCUGACUCCAAGUUGCGUUCCUGUGACACCCAAAAUUACAGGUCCAAAUCUUCUGCGGCGAGUGGAAUUAACAGACUAGAUGCUUUUUCCAGGAACGAGUUAGAGUCUGUUUCAUUUGCAAGGGAUCGUUCAGCGCUUGUUGAGCAGAGGAUUAUGGCCAAGGGAAACAGCAAGAAAAAUUUGAAGGACAAUAACCUGGCAAACAGUUCUAGUGCAGCGUUGAAAGGAAAAGUUUCUAGAGCUCCAGGAACUGGUGCCAUUAUGACUGCAGAACCUUCAUCCAGAGUUGAGACCCCUUCCAGAGCUCUACAAGCAGGUUCAUCUCCACAUGCAAUGACUCAAUGGGUUGGCCAAAGACCGCAUAAAAAUUCUCGUACAAGGAGAACAAAUGUAGUUUCUCCUUUCAUGAAGCACACUGAAAACAAAACCUCUUCUCAAGGCUUUGCAACAUCUGAUUUCAGUUCAAGAGCUUUCCCUGGAACCACCGGGUCAUUCUCAGCUGUUGAUAAUACAUCUUUAAAGGUAAAGAGGGUGCGGAAGAAUACUUCAUCACCAUGCAGGUUAUCGGAAAGUGAGGGCUCGGAAGGUGGAGAUAACAAACCAAGAGAACAUGAUCUAGAGAAUGGUGAAGUGACCACAACUCGGAAAACAGGGGCACUGUUACUUUCUAUAAGAAAGAAUAAGAUCUAUUCUGGUCAUAACGGAGAUUGUACAUGGAAGCAAGGAAAAGGUGGAAACAGUUCCUCAUUGAUAACUCCUGGUUUUCAUCCUAUCACGGUUAAGACGGAGAAUCGACCAAGGGAAAAGCCUAUUCAAAACUCAAAAAUUGCUGCAGAUAAAAAUAAAAGCAAAUCUGGGCGUCCACCCACCAGAAAGCUUAAAGACCGUAAAGCUUCCACACGUCUUGGCUCAAAUGCAAUUACUGUUUCAUCAGAUGCCGCAGGUGAAUCUGAUGAUGACUGUGAAGAUCUUUUUGCAGCUGCCAACUCGGCACGGAAUGCAGCUAAUCAUGCUUGUUCUGGUGAAUUUUGGAAAAAAAUGGAAUACAUCUUUGCUCCUGUCAGCCCAGAUGACAUGCAAUACAUGAAGGAUCAGCUGAGUUUUGUGGAAGAACUUGGUGAAUCCCUUAGGGAGGCAACCACAAAUGUGUAUAAUAUCAUGGGUAUCCUAAUGCGGAAAGCUCCUCAGGGUCCCGGUGAUGAUACUGCCGAUUUCUCAAAUCAACCCUCAUCUAUUUCUGAUCUUUCAUUUGAAAGAAUGGACAUGAGAAAGCUGAAUGAGAGUACAUUGUACAAGAGGGCGCUUUCUGCUUUAAUCGAAGAAGAUAAUGGCGAGGAAGUCGUAGAGGUUGGUGAAGUGAAAAAUCUGUCUCUUCAUUAUGUGAGUGAUGAUUAUCACUGCGGUUCAUGUACCCAUAUCGACACCGAGACCAGAGAAAGAGACAGAACGGAAUCUGAAGUGGAGUCAAGUGCAGAAUUUCAAACCCUGAAGGAUUGUUUGUUUGACAGGUUUUCUAGAGAUAUGAGCGUCAUGUCCAACUCUUUUAGAAGCGUAAGCGUGCCGAUUCCUGAUCGUAGCAAUAAACAGUGGCUGGGAGAUGAUGAUUUAUCGCAUUCUAAAGUUGCACUCGGCGGUAAGAUAUGUUCAAACAAUCCGAGUCAGCUACAACCAAGGGAAAUGAUCGUUCCCGACUUCCCAUCAACUGAAACCCAGUAUCAGUUGUUGUCUUUGGAUGAUCGACUUCUUCUGGAACUACAUAGCAUCGGUAUAUAUCCCGAGGAAUUGCCUGAUCUAGCAGAAGAAACUAUCAGUACAGAUGUUCUGAAAUUGAAGGAAGACGUUUAUCAGCAGAUUCAAAACAUGAAGAAGUUGUUGGGGAAGAUAAAUAUGACAAUACAAAAGAGCGAAGAUGGGGAGAGAAGGAAAAUCGAGUAUCUUGCAAUGGACCAGCUUGUGGAAAUGGCUCACAGGAAAAGAGUGGCAAGCCGGGGUAGUAAAGCAUCGAAAGAGUGCAAGGUUUCGAGACAAGUGGCAAUGGCAUUCAUCAAGCGGACUGUUGCUCGAUGCCGGAAGUUGGAAGAGACUGGUCGUAGCUGCUUUGCCGAUCCUGCUCUUCAGGACGUCUUGUUUUCUUCUCCCGGGAACAAUACGAAAUCUUCAGAAAAAGGCGGCUUCGGAACCGGAACAGCCAGAAACAGUCCCAACGAAACUUCUAAUCAUCAGGUUGAAGCAAGAGGAUCUGGAGCAGUGUCUAGUAGUACAAAGAGGGGAGAGGCACUUAUGGACAAAGCCACGGCAACGAGCCCGGACAGCGGUGGUCACGGGAACGGGAGGAAGGCCAAGCCGAGGCAAGAGAACAGCAACCAGCCGACAGGUCCAGCGAGCUCAAACCCCGAGGAAGAGGCGCUUGAGGAAAUGGCGUUGAAGGAGUUGGGUUCGCUAGAAGAGUCGGGGGACAUGGGGAACUGGUUCGAUGGGUUGCAGGAUAUCCACACCGUUGGCCUUGAAAUCCCCAUGGAUGACCUCUCCGAUGUCAACCUCCUCCUCUAGUUAGCCUCUCUCCCACCCCCACCCCACCCCCGUUUCAUCAAACCUCCAUUUUUCUCACCUAUUUUUUUAUUUUUAUUUUUAUUUUUUGUUUAAAUAAGAGUUUAUUCGUUAGUUUCAUUAUUUACCCUCAGAGGAGGUGAUUGAUUCUUCA